GUUCUUUUUGUUUUGUUUUUUUGUUUUAUUGUCUUCUUUUCUUUCUUUCUUCUUUUUUUUUUUCUUUUUUUUUCUUUAAAAAAAAAAGCAAAUCCAUUCAUUGUUAGUGAUGAAGAAGACGUGAAGGUCCCGUUAGAAGCAAUAGUCAAACAUGCUGCUAACGAUUUUGAACUUGUCUUUUGGUCUUCAUCAACACAGAUACGGCAUUACAGAUAUGCAAGUCGUGAAUACAGCCUAAAGUGGAUGACAGCAAGUCAAAGUUAUGAGAUAGUGGUUGUACAAAUCAUGGGAGAAGAAGAGCCUAAUGAUAAAAAUAAGAAAUUUACUACUGGUACUGGUGCUGGUACAUGGUUGGUGACACAUGAUGAUGUUCUAGAAAGUGAUGGGGAUACAUCAGUAUGGAUGGUGAUGAUGAAAGUAUUCGACCCUCAGUCUUCGUUACAUGAUCAAAUCCCAUCUCGAGCCAAGGUUGUGCUUUUCUUAAACAAUAAUGCCUGCAUAGAAGAUGAUCCGCUGAGGGUCGUUGGUGUACCCUCAUUUCUUUUAAAGAAAUCACCCAUUGUAUUCAUGACAAAGGGACGAGAGGAUAGUUUGUUGCUUACAAAGACAUAUCACAACAAGAAACAAAUGAUACAUAUCGAGCCAUUAGAAGAAUUUAACAAAGCUACAGAUAAAAUACAAGCCACUUUACACGGUGAAAUUAUCAGAAAUCUUAUAAUUGUUUAACUUAUAAGCAAUUUUAUGAAUUAAAUUAUUUACAAUAUUAGGGAGGGAGAAGGGGAAGAGAAGAAGAAG